GCAGUGAUGGUGGUGCUGAUGGUGUGAUCACGUGACGCCGGCAUUUCCGACACAACAAUACAGCAUUGGUCUGUAUUCACGCUCCCACUCCCCCCCUCCCCCCCACCGCCACCACCUCUCCCCACGCCUGGCUCUCGGUAUGGCGGACGGCGAGAGGUCCCCGUUACUAUCGGAUCUGGGAGAUGGUGCUCUCGGCAGCGGUAACGGCGGCGGUGUGUCUCCCGGUGCGGCGCCCUACGGCGCGCCCAACAAGCCCCAGAGCUUCCCUCCGUUCCCCAGCCCGACGCAGCCCUCGGUGCUCCUCGGGGAGGACCCGCCGCCCUACUCCCCUCUCACCUCCCCGGAGAGUGGCAGCGCACCUGUGAUCAGCUGCAGGGUGUGUCAGAGCCUGAUCUCCGUGGAGGGAAAGAUCCACCAGCAUGUGGUGAAGUGCGGGGUUUGCAACGAAGCCACGCCCAUCAAGAACGCCCCGGCAGGGAAGAAGUACGUCCGCUGCCCCUGCAACUGUCUGCUCAUCUGCAAAGUCACGUCCCAGAGGAUCGCCUGUCCCCGGCCAUAUUGUAAGAGGAUAAUCAAUCUGGGUCCGGUUCAUCCGGGUCCGGCCAGUCCUGAUCCCCAGCCAGCCGGGGCCCGGGUCUCCUGUGGCCACUGCAGCAACACCUUCCUGUGGACAGAGUUCACAGACCGGACGCUGGCCCGGUGCCCACACUGCAGGAAAGUCUCCUCCAUUGGCCAGAGGUAUCCCCGGAGGCGGAGCUUGUGGUGUUUUCUACUCUGCUUGCUGUUCAGCAUCUCCACCGCCGGGCUGAUGGCUGGAACGUGGGUGAAGGCUCAGAGCUACCAGGGGAUCUACGCCUCGUGGGCCGCGCUGCUGCUCCUGGUCCUGGUCUCCUUGGCUCGGGCCUUCUACUGGGCCUGCAUGAGGGUCAGCCAGCCCCUCCAGAACUUCACAUAGAGGACCCCCCAACCCAACCAGGCAGGAGGAAAGAUGGCUUUAAAGAACACACACACACACACACACACCACAUUAUUUAUUGAACUCCAGGAAGAGAAGCUCCUCCUCCGGUCCCUUCCAGUCCGAUGUGUUUCUGAAACUGGACGCCGGUGGCUGCGACUGCUUUAUAACUUAUCGGUCGUCAUGACGAUGCGUAAAGCGUACUCUUCAUGCGGGGUUCAUUUUAACAAUAGAACCGCUCUUCUUCUUCUUCUCCUCUUUCCUCCGGCGCCGUUUCUACAUUUCGGCUUCCGGCUGAGCGCGUAAAGCCGAAUCUUGGUUGUUUUUUUUUUGGGGGGGGUCCAGGGUCCAGGGUCCAGGGUCCAUCCUGAUUGGACCGAUUUUGAUUUCGUGUUUUUAACGUAUUUAAACGCCGAAAAAGCGAACGAGCGGAAGACGUGCGGUCGGAGGGGGCGUCGCCCCUUUUUGUGAGGCGAAGGAUCAAGUAUGUGUAGAAAUGUGUGUGCGUGAAACGCAUGUAAUUCAGGACGGCGGCCAUGUUUUUAAUCCCCCCCCCCCCCCCGGGACCGACUUUGAUCCAAAGCAGCUUGAAAGCCUUAAAAGCAGGUGUGUCAGAAGGAUUCAACACACACACACACACACACACAUGAUUACACAACAAACGGAGGCAUCCCCCAUAUUUGUGUCCUUAUUCCAGCGAAGGAAAACUUUUAACAGUUUUCUGUUCAUACAAAACCUUUUUUUGUUGUUUAUUUUCAAUUGGCAUCGCGAGUAAACAAACCGGGAAAGCAGCGUGUCGGUUAAACACACACACACACACACACACACACACACACACACACACACACACUACACGUUACAUUCUCACUCGUCGAGUCCCGUAACGACUUCUCCGUCUGUGGUUCUGAAUGUGAUUUAAAUUUCGGUGUAUCUUUUUUGUUGUUGUCUUGAUUUGUAAAUAUAGUUGUUGUUGUUGUUGUUGUUGUUGGACGCCUCGGACGUUUUUUGUUGUUUUUAAAAAAGAAGGUUAUUUUUGCAACUCUUCGCCUGUUCCAUAUUUAAUGAUUUGAUGAACUACUAAUAACCUGAUGAGCCUCUGGACGCCGUGUCGGGGUCCAACUCUUUAACAAACGAACACAUUCUGACCAAUCACACUCAAGCGCUCUCUCUCUCUCUCCCUCUCUCUCUCCCUCUUCCCCCCCCCCCCCCCCCCCCCUCACACAAACACCCAGCACCUUAUACAGUAGUGAGACACACUGCAUACACAAAGUAAGAUGAGGAGACGUUACCCUGCAAGACUGAACUGAGGUCGCAAACCCUUCACGUGGAAGUGUCAUGUUAUUUAUUUUACACGCUGAAAAAAAUGAAGGGUCAUCUAUCAAGUCCUAAAAUCUCCUUUUAUUGUCUUCUAACGGGAUCAAUGACAUGUUUUUUUCUCUCCAUUAUUAUUGAUUAAUACAAUGAUUGAUCCUCCAGCUUCAUGUUAUGAUCAGUGCAUUAAUAAAUAAAUAAAUAAGAUUGAACGUCUUGAUUAAAGAAGAGCUGUUUGUGGGCGAUCGUGUUUCACCCAGAAAUCAAUCAUGUUAUUGCCAAUAAUCAAGAAGCCGGCUGACGCUCUUUUCAGAGUUUUGUUUACACACAAAUAAACAAAUAAAGACAUGAUGAUGAUGUAC